ACUAUUUACACAAUGGAUUUUGAAGAUCAUUUUACUCGAUUAUUAUUCGAAUUUUCAUUCUUUUACAUAUUUAAUUCGGGUUCUGGACUUCACAAUUAUGCUGUCACCACUAUUUUAUCUGUGAUCAACAUUAUAUUGUUCAUCAAAAGUGAAUAUCUCUUCACUGAAUUCGAUAGUAUUUUCAUGGUACAAGUUUUUUUGCUGUUCUCGCUGACUAUUUCAUUACUGUGGAUUACUGAAGGAUUGAGACGGAUAAAGAAUAUACUUUUUAAUUCUAAGAAGUCUGGUCGUUGUCACCGUUUCUUUAAUAUAGUUCUGAUCAUUUUUCAAGUUUGUAUCUUUCACGUUACAUUAUAUCAAGCUUUUAAAGGUAUUUCCAAAGUUUCCAAAGAAAGAAUGCAACCGGAAAAUUGA